UCUUUUAUUUGUGGUUCUGUUAUAUUUUCUAAGUGACCAAAUAAAUGUAUUGAAUUGGACAAAAAACUCAAAUCUGAAUGAGGAAAAAUAACAACCAAUUUUAUACUUCAUCCUAAUCCAAACAUUUAAUUGUCUCAAAAUAACUAUUUCUUCUUCAUUUAUUUUCGUUUGCCUAAAGUCAACUUUAUUCCUAUGAUUCCAUUUGUUCCUCAUAAUUAAAAUCUAUACACUCUUCCAUAACUUCUAUUUGUGGUCAAUAAAUAGAAUUGUUGAAAAUAAGCUUUUAGUAGAUUAAGAUGCACCUUUCUCACUUCCACCCACUUGUAACAAAUGUUCCAAAUAUUUUUUUCUAUACUACAAGUGAGAAAUAAGUGUUAUUAGUCUCUUCUUCCAACCAACACAAUUCAAUGGAGACAUUAAUUAAUUAUACUCCUCUUUUCCUAAAGAUUUAUCUUUUAAACAUCUUAUUCAUGGUUAUCCUCCGAGCUAAUAUUAUAAUGGAUUUAUUUAUGGAGUAUUUAUCAAGGGAGGAAGUGGAGCAGUUUGACAUGCUAAGCAGAGCCAAUGAGCAUGACGACAAUAUGGAUAUGUACAAUAACAGUAGCAUGGUGCUGCCAGAUUUCUUAGACCCCUGCAAUGAUCAAGAGCUGAUGAAAGCACUUGAACCUUUUAUGAAAACUGAUUCCUCCAUAACUUACGCUUCCUUAUCUUCUCCAAACUUCUUCUCAAUUUAUGACCAAAAGCCUCUAAAUUAAGCCAGUUCCAUCAAAAAUUUG